AUGCCGCGGCGCGUGUGGUGCCGUGAGAAGCACAACCACCCGCCGCCGCAGCAAAUCCAGCUCCCUGCGGCAGCGGGAACGGCGGCAGCGGCGUCUCCGCCCCGCCCGCAGCCGCAGCCGCCCAAGCAGCAGCCGCCGCGGCCGCAGUCUGUGGCGCCGCCGCAGGGCCGAACUGAGAGCGCCGGCACUACUUUUGGGGACAGAAAGAUGCUUCGUGACUCCGGUGCAUUUCCUUCACCAUUCGGGAGCAAUGCUACUAAUCCCACCACUAGUACUACUAAUUGUACUCUUCCCAGCGGGAAUCCUGGGAUUCCAGGUCAAAUGCCGCCUCUGCUGCUGGUAGGCGGUGGCAAUGGUGAGUGCCGGAUGACGGAGAAGCGGAAAGAAGAUCCUGGGGUUUUUAAUUUCAACUUCCUGGAGGCAUUGGGCAGUCAGCAGCAGCAGCAGCAGCAGCAGCAGCAGCAAACGGUCAUGGCGCCAUCGCCAUUCGAAACGCCUCUACAGAAAUCCCCACUGCCGUUUGAGGGACUUCUGAAGUCUCCGUUUGAAGCACUUCAGAAACCGCCGGUGGUGCCGGAAGGUCUACUGCAGCGUUUGCAAUCACCGCUCUUUGGGAACUUUCAGAGGCCCACGGUGCAGCAGCUGGGGGGGACUGACGCUAAGGAUUCUUCUGUACCCGCGUUUGCCCUUGGUCUUGGCAGCUUCAAUACUUUCACUCAUCUUGGUGCGUCUGCUGCUGCCGCUGGUGGUGGUGGUGCUGCUGGUACUGCUGCUGCUGCUGCUGCUGCUGCUGCUGCUGCUGCUGCUGCUGCUGCUGCUGCUGCUGCUGCUGCUGCUGCUGCUGCUGCUGCUGGGACAGCAGCCGCCAUGCUGCCAGUGGCGCGGGACAGCAGCGCUGCAGCAUCCUCCACCAGUGCCGCCUCUGGCAGCGGCAGUGGCGGCGGCGGCAAUGGCGGCGGCAAUGGUGGUGGCGGCGGUGGCGGCAACGGCGGCGGUGGUGGCGGCGGUGGCGGCAACGGCGGCGGUGGUGGCGGCGGUAGCAGCUGUCGGUCUCCCCGGCCGGGUCAGCCUGUAAUCGCGCGCAAGAGAUCUAAAACGACGAUGGAUAUGUGCUUUGCUGAUGCCGCCGCUGCUGCUGCUGCUUUUGCUGAUGGCGCUGCCGCUGCUUUUGCCGAUGGCGCUGCUGCUGGUAAUGUUGUUGCUCCCCGCAAUGCUGCUGCUGCUGCUGCUGCUGCUGCUGGAGGCAAGCGGCCAUACCUGUUUCUCGACGCUAGCACGAGCAGCAACAGUUGGAGCCCUCGCACCCUCUGGGGUGAGGACUCGCCACAGCCAUUGCCUCUGGGAGCAGCAGCAGCGCCGCCGCUCAGAUCUGACCGAUUCUUGAGCCGACUCCAGAGCAGCCCGUGUGUUCCCCGGGCGGCAGACUCGCCGCUUCGGCCAGAAUCCGACGGGCUCAGAUCGGAUCCGUUUCUGAGCCGACUCACAGGCAGCCCGGGUGCUCCGCGGCGGUCUGCUGACGCGGCGGCUCUGCUGAUGGGAGCAGCGAGCAAAGCGAGCCAAGGCCGGAGGGAGGGCGGUGGAGACUCGUCGAUGCUGCUGGCCCGAGGGAGGGCGGAGGGAGCAGCGAGUAGAGCGAGUCAGGGCGGGCGGGAGGGCUGUGGAGAGUCUGGGAUGAACGUGAUGAGCGGACAGCGCGUGAGUGAGGAGGAAUUUGGAGCAUUGCGGCUGAGCAGAAGUGUAGGUUCGUCUGCUGAUGGUGGCUUUCCGUCGGCCGCGAUUUCAGCGAUUGCUGCAGCUGCUGCGGCGGCGGCAGCUGCGGCGGCCGCUGCCGCUGGUGGUGGUGGUGGUGGUGGUGCUGGUACUAGCCCUAGCGCUGGUGCUGGUGGUGUGCCUCUUGGAUCAAUGCAUGCAGCCGCAGCCGCACAGGCAGCUGCAAUGAUGAUUCUCGGUAAGGCUUCAGGCGGAUUGUCAUUGUCAAGUGCGUCUGUGCAGCAAGGAGGACUUGGAGGAGGCGCAGUUGUAGCAGUAGGAGCAGGAGUAGGAGCAGGAGGGGGAGCAGGAGGGGGAGCAGGAGGAGGAGCAGGAGGAGGAGCAGGAGGAGGAGCAGGAGGAGGAGCAGGAGGAGGAGGAGGAGGAGGAGCUAAUCUGAACUUUGCUGCUAAUGCUACAGCUGCCACUGGUGCAGCAGCUGCUGCUGAAGGGAUUGAAUCUGCUUCGCUGAAGAGCAGUGAGAGGUCUAGCAUGCUUUUGUCUUACCUUGCAGGGAAUGAUGUUGCGGCAUCCGGAGCGUUGAGUAGUGGUGCUGUUCAGACACAGCAGCAGCAGCAGCAGCAGCAGCAGCAGCAGCAGCAGCAGCAGCAGCAGCAGCAGCAGCAGCAGCAGCAGCAGCAGCAGCAGCAGCAGCAACAGCAAUCGCAGCAGCAGCAGUUAGAGCAGUUUCAGGCACAAUACCUGCAAUGGUACCGGAGGCAACAGGCCCAGCAGGAGAAACAGCAGCACCAGGAGCAACAGCAGCAACAGCAUCAUCAAGAGCAGCAGCAGCAGCAGCAGCAGAUAAUGCCUUCCCUUCCGGGUCCUGACCUGCUCUCUGCAACAAUGUUUCCCAACAUUCGAGCUGCUCUACUCGGCUUCAAUUCCCCAGGAGCAUCUUCCCCACUGGUUUCCGCACUCGCCUCGGCACCCGCCCUGCCUCCACCUCCCCCAGUUGUACCUCCUCCGCACAACUCUCCACCCAUGGCAAGCAGUCAGCCUGCAACUGCAACCGCGCAGGUCAGCACGGCAGGGAGCAAAGAAGGGGCUGGUGGUGAAGAGAGAAUUGAUCCCACCCUUAGGAGUGGCCCUCACCUGCCCUCUGGAAGUGCUCCUGCUGCCUCGAUUCUUCACCAAGGAAGCGAUAGUCUACGAUUUGAUUCUGUGACCUUGAGCUCCAGGUCAGGGCUUGGAGUGGAUGGAGGAGGUGUGGGUGGUGUGAAGGGCACAGGGUCUGAUGGUGGGGGCAUGGAGUUGGACCUGAUUGGUCAGUUUGAUGCAGCAGGUUCUAGCUGUAGACAUGCCAUUGCAGGCCCGCAAUUCCCUUCCACAAAACUGCACUUGUAG